AUGAAAGCUACCCUUGCUCUCGCUGUCCGGAAGCAUGUUGUCGCAUUCGAGACGCCAUUACAAGAGCGAAAGACGUUACGAGCUUUCAAACCAAUUGGUGAUAUCGAAGUGUUUCAAUGGAUUAAUUAUCUCCUUUCAUCUGAUGGUAUGACGUUGGAUUUAAACAAGACACGUGAAUUAAUGAUGAUGUUGAUACAAUUGAGUAUUCAAGAAAGUGUCGAGAUACCUACGUUCUUGACGUUGAUUCAAUGGGAAGAUAAAGUUGCUCGCUAUACAAUCUCCGAGAUUCUCACGUCAAAUGUCGAGAAGAUUUACAUUUUAAUUACGUAUCGUCCACGACAAUUAUUACCGCUAUCCAUGGUAUCAGCUCGACAUGCUGUUCGAUUUGUUCAUACUGUGGUAGCAUUGAUUACAGCAAAUGCUUACGUUUCGACAUUAGGAGGUGGCCACUUUUUGUGUCGUCAUGUAAUCCAAUCGAGAUUAUUGGCCAAAGUCCAAAUUGGGAUUUCAAUGGGACUUCAAGAUCCGGUGCUAGAAAGUAAAUGUCGUGUACAUUUAAUGUAUAAUGCAUUACAAGUGGGAAAUUUUAAACGUGCACGGGAGAUUUUAAAACGUGAAGAAGCUGUAGCAGAAGAAUUGGAGAGUCGUGAAUUGCGCAAUGUUUGUUAUGCAGCAAAGGUUUAUUUUAACAAGAUGAAUCGACUUCAUAAAGAGCAAUUACUAUUGGAUAAGACUGGACAUACUACGAUGUUGUACGACAACUUUUACCGUCAAAGGAUUGUACAAGAAGCGACAUAUAAAUAA